GCUCAGGAGGAACGGCCUCGCGCUCCGCAAAGCACCUGGCGGCAGCCCAAAAACACUUCCCGCCGCGCCGGCCAUCGCCCCCAGCCUCGCAGCCCGCUGGUCGCGACAGCGGCAGUGCAUUGUGGGGCUUGUAGUGCGGGGCUGGGAUACAGUGGGUGGGCGCGGCAGCCGCAGCCGCAGCGGGGCCAUCUUCGGCGGGAGGGCGGGCUCCGCCGGCGCAGCCCACACCUGCGCCCCUCGCCCGACCCGAUGGCGCCGCGACCGCUGGGCCCCUUGGUGCUGGCGCUGGGCGGCGCCGCGGCCGUGCUUGGCUCGGUGCUCUUCAUCCUCUGGAAAGCUUACUUCGGCCGCGGACGAGAGCGGCGCUGGGACCGCGGCGAGGCCUGGUGGGGCGCGGAGCCCGCCCGCCUCCCUCAGUGGGACGAGUGGGACCCCGAGGACGAGGAAGGGGAGGAACCGACUCUGGAGGAGCUGGAGCAACGAGAGGUGCUGGUGCUGGGGCUGGAUGGCUGUGGGAAGAGCACGUUUCUGCGCGUGCUGUCGGGGAAGACACCGCUGGAAGGCCAUGUCCCUACCUGGGGCUUCAACUCCGUGCGGCUGCCUACCAAAGACUUCGAGGUGGACCUUUUAGAGAUUGGUGGCAGCCAGAACCUGCGCUUCUACUGGAAGGAGUUUGUGAAUGAGGUGGAUGUGCUAGUGUUCAUGGUGGACUCAGCUGACCGGCUCCGGCUGCCCUGGGCCCGACAGGAGCUGCACAAGUUGCUAGACAAGGACCCGGACCUGCCUGUCGUCGUGGUGGCCAACAAGCAGGACCUGAGCGAGGCCAUGAGUGUGGUGGAGCUGCAGCAGGAGCUGGGUCUGCAGGCUAUUGACAACCAGCGGGAGAUUUUCUUCUUGGCAGCCAGCAUCGCCCCUGCAGGAUCUGGCUUUGAAGAACCUGGCACCGUGCACAUCUGGAAACUACUCUUGGAGCUUCUCUCCUAGGCAGGGGCCACCUGCUCACUGCCUAGUCCCGGUGACCACAGUUCCACUGCCUUCUGCUUCAUCACCAGCCUGGGCCCAGGGCAGGAGCCACACGGUGGCCCUUCCCUUCUGCCCUCCUCGCCCUCUCAAGAGCUAGCUGAGAACCAUACAGAAGCCUUCUUAGUGAGGUGGCCGUGAGGCUGUUGCAGGGGGUGGGGAGGCAGAAGAUGGGAGAGGGUAGUGUAGCUCCUUCCAGGCAGAGUGUGGAUCCAGCUUUCCCUUCUUUUACCUGCACAGUGACAUGCUCAGUCAUCCCCUCCAUGAAGGACUGAGUGACAAAAGAACUGAUGGAAAAGUCACAAGGACUGCUGGAGGCUUCGGGUCUCCUGGUCUACUCUUGGUUACUUCAUGCCCUUUUCGUGUGGGCAGGUUCUUAGUAUGCAAGGAUCCCUUGCUCCCAGUCCCACAUUGCCCUCCAUCCCCUGCUCUGCCUAAGUGGCUUGUGGCCUUCUUGUCUCUGCCUCUUUGGCCCCAAGGCCAUCCUUUUUAAAUGGAGGUGGUUUCCAUUUUUUUUUCUAACUGCCAGAGUGAACCUGGAGACUAGCAAGGAAAUUGCCAAACACCUCCCAGCUUUCAAGGCCUGUAAUGUCCACUUCUCUUCACAUCAGAAUAAUGCAGUUUGUCCACUGAAAGGAAGGGUGAAGGGUGGAUAUUCACCCGAUCUAAAGACAACCUGCUGCUCUUGUACUAACUGUGCCAAUGCCUAUGUUUACAUAAGUCUGGGGAAGGAAGGAACCCAUGUCUCUGGGAAUAAGACUCACCUAGAGCUGGGAGUUGGACUCAGAACUGUGUUUUACUUAUUUAAUUAUUUAUUUAUUUAUGUAUGUAUUUAUCAAAGAAACAGGCUGAAGUUCUAGGUUCUGUUUCUAGGUGCUAUAAUCAAAACACCAGGUGAGCUCGGGAUUUAGCUCAGCAGCAUAAGCGCCUGUCUUGCAAGCACAUGGUCCUAAGUUCAGUCCCCGGUACCGAGGGGAAAAAAAAACAAAACACCAGGUGAUUGUUGUAGAAAAUUUGGAAUGUUGAGGAAAAUAGCUCGAAUCAUGAAUAAUAUUCAGAUAACUUACAAAUGUUAAUGGAUUCAAAACUGUAAGACCCCCAGGGAGCCUUUGAGAUUAUAGUUAGUAUCAGUACUUCACAGUGAUUCACAUGAACUUUAAACUCUGCCAGUUAACCCCAAAUAUUAAAGGCGCAAACCCUAUCUGGGUAGGUAACAAAUGACUCUGGGAGAAAUUUCUACUAUGGAAGUCCAGGUAAAAAAUAAUGUCAUUAUGAGCUGAUCAUGGUGGCCCACAGCGUUAAUCCCAGCAAUUUGGAAGGCUGAAGUAACAUUGAGAGUUUAAGCCCAGCCUGGGCUAUUUGAUGAGACUCUGCCUCACAAUUUGUGCCAGGCAUAGUGGUACACCUAUAAUCCCAGCACUCCGGAGGCUGAAGCUUGAAGACAAGGAAGUUCAAGGCAGGCCUGGGCCACAGAGUUCACGACUAGCCAUAGCAACCAAAAAUAAUUAAAAAUUUAAUAAAAGGCGGAGGCCCUACGUUUAAUCUCCAGUACCACCACCACCACACACACACAACAAAAAGUAUCAUGUGAAGCCAAAGGACAGGAAUAACAGGUCAGCCAACAGUGUGCCUUGGGGCCCUGGGUCAUUUCAUUCCUCAAAACAAAUUUGGACUUUUAAAGGGGUUUCUCCAGUGUACAUUCUAUGGUUCUGUACACAGUGAUCAGCCACUUUGUAAGGCCAUCUGUGUGUUGACACUUGUUAGUGUAGACAAAAGGAACCUUUUGUCUGUUGGGCCACUGAAUAAUAAACAGCCACAAAAGGACUUUUUGAAAGGUACCACCCCACUGUUUAUUCUUUUACUGAGAUGAAAUUGUGUGCCUUUGUUUCACUUGACAUCUGUCUACCCAGCAUGCUUGGGUGCCACAUUAUGGCCAGUGCAAGAAGAGACACAUUGGGGUAAUAGACAGGAAGUACCACAUCCAAAAAUAAAAAUGUGAUCUUUGGAAGCAUGGCCUGCUGUGCCUUUGGGCUGCAGGCAUUCAUAAUCAUGACUUGAGAUGCCAGUUCACAUUCUAAGAAAGAAUUUUUCUGCUUUUAAGGAAUAAGUGGAGCUUUAGAGUAGCCUUUGAAACCUUGCUGGCGAUUUUUCAUCUGAUCAUUAGAAGAGUGAGGAACUUUGCAUUUUUGUUCUGUGAACUCAGAGGCUCUCUUUGGGACCAGCACUGAUGAUUAGGAGAGGAUUGCUCCCCAUUAAGAUCUGCCUUUUGUCUAAUGAGAAUCAUGUAGUACAAUUUUUGAAAUCCCUAAUAUAGGGAGGUGAACUUGAAGAAUAAAGCAUUUCACUAUG